ACAUCAUUUUGUCAUCGGCGGAUUUUCAAAAAUCUGCAAUCUGCAUCAUUAUUACUGCAAUAUUUUGUGAUCCAUGGCGUCCAGUAAAGACUGGUACAUGAAAGAUGUGUUUAACUGGAGGACAGGGGCCAGCAUUGCCUGGUCUAUGCUGUUACUUCCACCCGCUGUAGGAAUUUACAUCUGCUUAGCCCACUUCUCUUUGCUUCAUCCCACCACAUGGCUCUUCGGAUGGUUACAGACUUGUUUUUCUCUACAUGGGAUAAGCUGCAUAUUCAUCAUCUUUCUCUGUUCAUUAUUUGCUGCAAUUAGUAAUGCAUUCUCUUAUAUUGUUGUCCCCUACAUCCAUAGAAAUCGGCUGUCCAUCAUCCUGUCAGUCACACGUCCGACACGCCUCCUCCAUGCAGCAGGCCACGCCCUCCUGGGCGGGAUCACCGCCUGGUCCACCUGUAAGCUAGUUGGUGGCGACUAUCUGGCUCUAUCCACACGAUGUAACGGGGAGGAGAGGGGCCUGUGCCUCAACGAGCGACAUCUAUUUCUUGUUCUCUUUGGGGCUUUCAUUGGUAUCGUAUACAGUGUUUCAUAUUAUCUGAACAGACAUAAUCUACUCACUUUCAACAUCAUACAGCAGGUGAAGUUCUUCCAAGUGAAGUCCAAUGUGGCACAAUUAGUCUUGAAGAAUUCUGUGUGGUCCCUCCGUUUGUGUACAUACUACUAUGCAUUCUACUACCUGUGUGGUUGCCUGUUCAAAUCAUGGUUUCUCACCAAUCUGGAUCUCCAGGAGCUUGCGGUCCCUGUGGACUCCAUCAGAGGUCUCCUGGAUAUCAGGCUGCUAUGGCAGGCAUGGCUCCUAGGAACCGUCAUCACCCAUCUAUGGACAUUCUCUCUUUACCUCUUCAAAGUCUUUAAUACGGAGGUGUAUGAGUUUCCAAUAGAGACGGCUUUCAACACAAGUGAGGAGUGUACGCUUCAUCGAGCCUUGGGCCAACGGAACAGUCCUCUGGUCAAAUACUUGGCUUAUCAAGACCUCAGCAUUCUCUCAGAACACUCACUAGCUAGGAGGAAACAGAUAUUUACUCUUAGUCAGCCAGGUGGUCACCCGCACAACUGGACGAGGAUCAGUUCUGAAUGCCUCCAGUUGCUUGCCUCGCUGACCGAUAGGUUGAUUGUCCACCAAGAGUGGGCGGCAAACGGCAUCAACAGAGAGAAGAGAAUGAAGGAAGAGGAAGAGAAGAAGAAGACAAAGAAACAGAGUGGUACAAAUGCACAGAGAGUCUCCAGCAGUAGCUCCUUCUAUACAGCAGCUACUUCCCCUGGGCCCCACCAACGUAUCGCCACCCUGUCUGCUACCACCUACGGUACCCCGGUCGACUACCCUUCCCCUGGGUACGCCAUGCCCAGGACCCCAGCGCGGCAUAAUGCCAGCUAUAAUGCCCGCACACCGGGCGGUGACAGUGUGUGGGUUGAUUCGCCUGCCAGUCAUACCUACGUGCCUUCACCUAGGAGGCCUAUUCAUGAACACCAUAGAGGUAUGUCCCCUCAACGGGCCUCUUUUCAAGUAUUAAAGAGACCUUUCUUUGUCUUCCUGUAUCCUCGGAUUGCGGUCAUCAGGCAGCUACCUCUCUUCCGCUACUUUGUGGACCCUUUCCCCGAGGCUGAUAAUCGCUUGUUGUUCACCGAGACGCAGCUCCACAUAUGGGCUUUAGAAGCCUUUGCAUCAUUAGUUGCAGCCUCUUACACUGAAGACUUGUAUGGAGUAGUGCAGAAAAGUCUGCCUGACAUACUCACUGAAAUGCUUGCCUUAUAUAAUGCUCUAGAAAAACUCUUGAAGCUUCCAACACUUCUGACUGCUCGUGACCCCCGUGAACUCAAGGUCACGAGGAUAGGCCCGGCUCACCCUGAUGAUCAGCUUCGUAAUGACCUUAGAACCACCAUUAAGACAUCAUUGCAUAGGAUUGGGUCAACCUUCAAUAAACAUCUCAAGAGUGUUCCGCUGGCACUAGAAUACAGGAAGCAGCUCGAUGAAUUGAUGGAUUACAAAAUAUGAGAAGCAAGGACAUCUGACAAGUAAUGUCAGUCUCUAUUCUGCUAACCUCAACAUCUCCCUAUUAAAGUUUGUUGAACCUGAGAUGGUCAUGACAGAAUAAUUGCUGCUGAGUAAUUGUUUCUACUUUUGAUAUGUCCAUGAUGCCACUUGAGGAUAUGAUUUCCAUGGCAGAGAGGAUUCCUUGUAUUUCUGAGCACAGAGAAUGCAUGCCAUUGGACCCAUAAGGGCAAUUUCAUGAAAUACAUGUAAUCUAGUCUGUAUGUGAGACUAGUCUACUGUACAGACCCUUUACUCAAGGAUUCCAAGUGGUCUGAAUGUGCAGCCUAAUGUCCCUGCCAAUGGCUUGUGUACAGAAGGCUCCUCUGAAACGGCAAGUUUUAUUUGUGCUAGUCUUGUGUGUAGAAUAACUUCUUGAUCAUAGUUUCAAUCAGGGUCUGUGCCUGCAGACUAAUGUGAGAAUUCUUGUUUUUUUUCUUUUGUUUUCUCUGUUUUCUAAUUCUUACAUGAUCAUGACUGGAGCAGUUUAUGAUUUGAAUUAAAAAUGAAGGAAAAUGGGGGUCAGAUGAAUAAUGAUUGUUCUCUGGAUGUACCCGUGAAACAGCAAGAUUCAUUUUCUUGUGGAUUGUGUGAAUGGUCAAUUUCCAUAGAUUAUAUGUGAGACUACAUAUAGGCAGUGAUGUUAAUGUAGCUUUAAGCAGUUCAUCACUCUGCAGUAAAAGAGUCAUGUAUUGUUUCCAUGACAUGUAAAUGUGCAUAUUAAUCCAAGUAAAUCUAACCUCAAACUCAAGCACUUUUCCCUAUUCUCUUAUUAUUCUGAACUGAAUAUCCUGUCACAACCAUCAAGGGCGAGUCCAUGCUAGAAAAAUCAGCCAUUUUCACAACAUUUUUCCACCUGCUGUCCAAACAAAAGAGGAACUUCAAUUUUUUUUAUUGUAAUAUUUAAGUACUACUGGGUAGUCAUGUAAAAUAUUGACUACCGGUACCAACAAAAAUAUGUUUUCCAUUGAUGAAAUAGGGGUGAAAAUGUUGCGUGUCAUUCGGGUCAUUUCUGAAUCCUGUACGACGCACAACAUUCACCCGUACUCAAACACAUUUUGUUUGUUAUCAGGUUUUCACACCACUACCCGCUUCAACUUUAUCAUUGACAUAAAAGAAAGUUUUAUUGCUCAAGCAUUCAGCUAUUAAAGAGAAUAUGAAUAAAAUAAUGGGUUUAUUUCCAAUUCG